AUGUAUCAGUUAUCAUGUGACCAGGGGCGGUUCUGGGUUUUCAACCUCUUUCCGUCUGUCUUGGUUCCCCCCCAGCUCCCUCAGUCGGCGUUUGUGACCCUGGCCAGCAGUGCCACCUUCCCCGCGCCCACAUCCAUCCAGAGCCAAGCCAGGCUUCCUGUUAACGGCUUGUCGACGUCAGACGCGGCCUCGAGGCCUCGCAAACCGUGCAACUGCACCAAGUCGCAGUGUCUCAAACUAUAUUGUGACUGUUUCGCCAACGGAGAGUUCUGCAAUAACUGCAACUGUACGAACUGCUUCAACAACCUGGAGCACGAGACGGAGAGAUUAAAAGCCAUUAAGACGUGUCUGGACCGUAACCCGGAGGCCUUCAAGCCCAAGAUCGGGAAGGGGAAGCAGGGGGAGUCGGAUCGGCGGCACAGCAAAGGCUGCAACUGCAAGCGAUCGGGCUGCCUGAAGAACUACUGCGAGUGUUACGAGGCUAAGAUCAUGUGCUCGUCCAUCUGUAAGUGCGUUGGCUGUAAGAACUUUGAGGAGAGCCCCGAGAGGAAAACCCUGAUGCACCUGGCAGACGCGGCAGAGGUCAGAGUUCAGCAGCAGACCGCUGCUAAGACCAAGCUGUCCUCCCAGAUCUCCGACCUGCUCACACGGACCGCCCCCACCAUGGCCAGCGGAGGAGGGAGGUUGCCCUACACGUUCGUGACGAAGGAGGUGGCGGAGGCGACGUGCGAGUGCCUGCUGGAGCAGGCGGAGCAGGCUGAGCAGGAGCACCAUCCCCAGGCCCAGGCCGAGAGGAUGAUCCUGGAGGAGUUUGGACGCUGUCUCAUGAGGGUCAUUAACUCGGCCGGCAAGGCCAAAACAGACUGCCCCUCCAUCCACUGCUAGGCCGGGUGCUACCUGGCGUGCUCUCUCUCUCUCUGUCUCUUUCUCUCUUUCGCCCACUCUCCCUCAGCGAGCCUGGACUGGGGCCGGCAGGGGAGGGAGGGGGGGUAGGAGGGGCGUUCCUGCUCUCUCUCCCCCACUCCUCAGGACCC